AAAAGUUCAACGCCACUGUCUUCAUUGUUACAUCGAAUUUCGAUGAUGGAAAACAAGAAACAGUUUUCGAUCAUCGAAUUCACCUGCUGCGAAAUUGACAUAUGGAAAAUAUCGUAAUUUGGUUUUUCCUUAUUGUUUUCUUUAAAAACUAAGCUCAUUUGUGGCAAAAACAAGUAAAAAUACAUUAUACAAAAUGCCUAGAAGAGGUCGAGUUAAGAAAGAAGGACCAGAAUCUGGCGAAGACUCCGACGAAUACAGAAAAAGAAGAGAUAGAAACAAUCAAGCUGUUAAAAGAAGCAGAGUAAAAUCAAAACAAAAAACGCAAGAGACUAUGAAUAGGGUGAACGAAUUAAGAAACGAGAAUACCGUUUUAGAGGAAAAAGUAAAAACCCUGACAAAAGAGUUGGGUUUUCUUAAAGAGUUGUUUCUUGCUCAUGCUUCGAAUAGUGUGGAUUCCUCUAAAUUUGAUGGCAUAGAUUUACAGAAAAUGUUGGCAGAUGAUAGCAAUCCAUCUCAGUAGUGUUUUUAUUACCCAAUUAAGUAGAUGUAAGUUAUUUUACGUUAUUGUUUAAAAUUAGGUACAAAGUUUAAAAAUUAUUAUUUGGAAAUGUGAUAAUUGUAUUAUAAGUUUAAAUGAUUGUUUUUAUAAUAUAUUAUAAGUAUGGAGGUACUUAUUUUUAAAUACAGA